CCGGCUUUUUCAGUCCGACAUGCCCGAUGACGACCUUUAAAUGUACGGGAAACACAUGCGGUAGUUGUACAGUAGUCGCAGUGGGUUAGUGUGUGGUGGUUUCGGAAUGGACGUAUUCUACCUCAUUGCGCUAUGGGUUCUCUUGUUGCAGUGUAAGCUCAGCUUUGAAUGUGAGGCCGGGCGUUACGGAAAGGACUGCAGCGAACCGUGCAAGGAGGGAUGUGACGGCCCCUGUAACAGUACCGACGGCUCCUGUCCAUGCAAACCUGGAUACAGGGGCCGGACCUGUUCAAAAAAAUGUCUUCGAGGCUGGUAUGGCUUGGGGUGUAAGAAGAGGUGUUCCUAUGGAUGUCAACAGACCAAAUGUCACCCAGUAACUGGAAAAUGCCGUCGCAAAACCUGUAGUCCUGGCUGGAGGGAUUCCGAUCCUAACCAUCAUGCGUGUGACCAAAAAUGUGAGGCUGGGACCUACGGAGCUUCUUGCAGCAAACAGUGCUCCGAGAGGUGUAGAGAUACCUGUCAUCAUAUUACCGGCACUUGCAGUUGCAAGGAUGGAUGGCUAGGGGAUCAUUGCUCAACUGGUUGUGAGGCUGGGCGUUACGGGAACGGCUGCAGGAAACGGUGUAGUGAGGGCUGUAACGACACAUGCAGCAACGUUGACGGCAGUUGUACCUGUAAGCCCUACUGGGCGGGGCCCUUGUGUAGAGGACAGUGUGGGUCAGGAUGUGACGCCCCAUGCGACACCGCGACGGGCUAUUGCAACUGUAAACGUGGCUGGUUUGGAAUGACCUGUCAAGCAUACUGUUCGGAGGGCCAUUAUGGACCAAGCUGUCGCUACAAGUGCGGAAAGGGGUGUGUGGACGCGUGCGACAAAGUCGACGGCAACUGUACCUGUAAGGCAGGCUGGAAAACGGACCUCUGUUCGUCAUAUUGCGCAGACGGUACUUAUGGCCAGGACUGCAAGUACAAGUGCAAGGAGGGAUGUAGGCCCGACAGAUGCAACCAUGUUGAUGGACAUUGCUCAGCAUGUAGAGACGGCUGGAGUGGAGAAACUUGUGAAACACUCUGCCUACCUGGUACAUACGGAGAAGACUGUGGGCUGAACUGCUCUGCCGGGUGUGUCAACCAGACCUGUGACCGAUUUGAUGGCAGCUGUGACACCUGUCUGCCAGGCUGGAGGAACGAGAGGUGGAGCGUUCCCAGGUGUAACAGACGGUGUUACUCCGGUACCUAUGGCCAAGACUGCAAGAACAGGUGCAGCACAGGAUGCCUGCCUGACACAUGCAACUCUACUGAUGGCAAUUGUGGAUCAUGCUUGGACGGCUGGAUGGGAGAACGUUGUGAAACAGUCUGUCCGUCUGGAACUUACGGAGAAGACUGUAGGCUGAACUGCUCUGCUGGGUGCGUCAACAAGACCUGUGACCGAGUUGAUGGCACCUGUGACGCGUGCCUGCCGGGCUGGAAUGAUUUCAAAUGCGAGCACAGGUGCGAGCCCGGCCUCUACGGCCUGAACUGUAUGUAUGAGUGCAACGAAGGAUGCCAACCUGACCAGUGUGACCCUGCUGAUGGAAACUGUGGGUCCAGCUGCAUGGAAGGGUGGGAUGGAGAAAACUGUGACACAGUAUGCCUCCCAGGUACUUAUGGGGAAAACUGUCAGCAGAUGUGCUCUGUUGGAUGUUUCAACCAAACCUGUGAUCCAGAAACUGGAGAAUGUGAUGAAUGCAAAGUUGGAUGGACACAUGAGAACGUGAAUAUAUCAAGAUGUGACAAAGAUUCCAUGAUGCAGACCGCUGGUACACCCUCACCCCUCUUCCACCUGUGGGCGUCCAUCACUACCAUCCUCACGAUCUGGGUUGUUGUGCCACACACGGCCACACUGGUGUAAUCCUGGGAGAACGACUCAUCACAUGACCAGUGAUGAAAGUAAAUAGAAUUACCUGCGUUCAAUAUGUGUCUUUGUCCUAUGUGGAAGGAAAAGAUUACUAGUAAAUGGAGGUAACGAAAUGCCAAGCGGAGACCAUUGAAUAGUUUGUGGCUGGAAUAGCAGGUAUAGAAACGGAAAAAGGUAACUGUGCUUCACAUAUAGUGGUGAUAAUGUUAUGUUACUGAAAUACCAUUAGAUUUGGUCAUUUGUUUCAUCAAGGUUUUAUCAGAACAAGUUAAAUGAUAAAAUAGCAAGUAGCAGGAGAAAGACACCCUAAAAGAGGGUUGGGGUCACUACAAUAUUGGGUGUGAGCACCGUUUGCGUUGUUGAAGAUUUACAAUGGCGAAUACACCAGAUGAUUGAAAACUGUGUGGUGUUGAUCCAAAUGUCAACCAUAGAUUCUCCAAAUGACACUGCGUUACCUCCGGUCAGUUCUUGUCCUGUCAUAGGCAUAGUUCCAUCUUAUCCAAGACAUGUUUUAUAGGGGAUAUCCCAGACAUGUUUUAUAGGGGAGAAGUUUGGAUUAACAACAGUCCAUAGGUCCAUGGCAGUACAUUAAUGACAGGCAGCCUUUAACAAUCCUCUUACAAUACGUACAGUAUGCGAGUGUGCAUCAUCCUGGUGUAAGGUGUCAUGACCAGAUUUGCACAAAAAGGUAGAACAUGACGGACGAUGCCGUCACGGUAGAGUGCGCUAUUAACUAUGGCGAGCUGUAUUGCCCCAUGAGUUGUAAAGGCGCCCCAUACCAUUGCACAUCCACAUCCAAACUGACAAGUAAUCGUCACUAAAACGUUAUGUCGUAUUGCUUGGCGUCGUUCAGGAAGUUGUGUUCCCUCAACCGGUUGUGCGUGGUUCCUCCACCAAUUGGUCUCAACGCAUGGAUGUCCCCUGCUGUAAAUAUGUCCGAUAAAUAUCGAUUCCGUAGAUCGAUAGACCAAGUAAAUAUGUCUUGAUGAACAUAAAUGUCUGGCAACUUCGCUUUGCUCUGUUCUAGUUGGCAACAUAACCACGACGUUGCUUUUCAGCGACAUUUAUUGUCAAACAAAAAGUGUUUUCUGAGCACAUCAUUGCUAGACAAUCAUCGUGUGCUGUCCAAGAGUUUGACUACUGUGCUCAACCAACAUCCAAAUUGUGAAUCACGACCUUCAGCUGUACGCUUAGCAGUCUGUAAGUAAUUUGGUUUGCCAAACAGUCCAGUGAUUGGCAUGAUGAUUGGCAUACGAUGACAUGUGUCAACCAAGUCAGUGAGUCUGACCACCCGAUCUCGUUAGUUGUCUCUUACGACAAACAUGCAAAGCUGAAGAUGCUAUUGUUUUAUUUCAGAAUGUAUAUAUUUCGAUUGGACUUAUUUUUCUUUACCUAAAACGUCUCUGCGGAAAAUACCCCGAGUUGAUUAUCCUCAGAAACAGAUCCCAUGCAGCCAAUGAGGCAAAAUACAUGUGCCAAUUCUAUGAAUGGACCCCUGAAAAUCAAGGUGUUCGUAAAUAGAUUAACAAUGUCUAGUCCUUCCGGUAGCACUAACCCAUUUUCAGAAGUAAUCAUUUAUUGCUUGACGCCGCACAGCAGCAUGAGCGUCCUGUAAAUAAAUAAGAAAAUUAAGUCAAAGCACAGUUACCGUUUUCCGUUUGUAAAUAUUUGAAAUACUGUAACAUUAACUGGACGUGCAGAAUGUUCCGACAAAUAAUUUGUGAAAAAUGUGUCUCCCCUAUAUUGAAUGUCUGUCUGUCGUCAUCUACAUUAUUACAGCAAUAGCUGUUUCAUAUGAAGUUGUAGAUGACGCUGUGAACUCCAAACAACGGCAGGUGAGUUCACGUAACCAAGGCAGGUAUUUUCCUGGAAAGAUACUGAUUUCAUUUGUUUUCUUGUCUCAAAUUGUAAUUUUCUCAGGACACGCCCUACCCUUGAUUUAUGAUGACGUUUUCUGGCAUUUCUCUGAAUAAAUGACCCAGUUAACCUGAUGUACAUUUGAUAAAUAUACAUAUGUUUUUAUAUAUUAUGAUAUCCUAGUCGUGGAUGGCAUGGAUUGUGUUUUCUGCUUCCCCCCAAACGAAGAUUCUCUUGGGAUAUAUACAUGGGUUCCGUCCGUUAAGUCUUGCUUCCGGAGCCUACGAGCGUGAACAUGUACUGUUAAAUACGUCUUCCUGAAACACUGUGAACUCUUCAGACAUGCACUGCAACAGUGCUUUUUUAGCAUUCUCCGACGACAUCAAGAAUGUGUUCAAUAUUUGUGUUGAAGAUGCACGAAAGGCAUUUCUUGCAUUCCAGUACAACAGCUUGUUCUUCGUUUCAAGAGUAUAAUGGACUAAAGGUUCAAAAUGACUUCUUUGAACUUUGUAUUAAAACAAAUGACAACAUCUCUGUGGAGAUUCCCAGAGGCUGCUAAAUGGAAUCGGUGGUCGUCUUGGUGGCUGUUUGUGUGAUAUCGUACCCUGAUGUUGUCAAUAACAUUAAUCACUGGAUCAUUUAGUCCAGAUUCCAUGAGUUCAAAACCUGCCGUAAUAUAGCUGUAAUAUUGCAGAGAGUGGCGUCUAUUAACAAACCUCUGGUUGUUGUGUAUUACAAGAUGGCUGUAAUGAGAUUUUGACGUUUUCUGAACAUAACAAAGACAUUAUAUGACAUAACAAAGGUAAUAUUUUAGUCAUGUGCUGCUUCAGGUUUAUGCGAUUGUCAUAUGUAAAGUUUGUGAAAAUUUUGAAAUAUUGUUUUCUUUAUAAAGAGGAGAUAUGCAUUAAUAGAAAGCUGUGGUAUUAUCACAUAUAUAUGCAUUGUAAGAUUUACGUAUUGUUUUCUCACAAUGUAUUGCUUAAUACUUAAUGCAACAUACACAUUCAUGUUUAAGUAUGCAUGUCCUUUUUAAAUAACAUAUACAUGAUUAAAUUAUAUACACGAA